AUGCCAGUCGUGAACAACAAUGAUGCGACCUCACGUGAAGCGAGCCAUCUUCAAUCCAAGAUCCUUCACAAGACUCUGAAGUGCUCAGUCAAUGACCAGAGAGAAUGGUGGCGAAAGACGGGGCCUUUACUAGCCAGUCUGAUGACUUCAGCUGGCUACACGAGCCAGUCACAAUACCAGUACCUGAUGUUCUUUUACAGAUCCGUCGUCCCGUGCCUAGGGCCAUAUCCUCAGACAUACCGCAGUGCCAUGACUCACAAUGAACUUCCUCUGGAGCUCAGCAUCAAUUUCCAACAGUUAGGCGGUUCCAAACCAGUCAUUCGAGUCGCGGUGGAACCUGUGACAUCCCUUUCUGGGACGGAAGAGGAUCCUUAUAAUAUGAGCCCUAUCGGUGACUACCUCUCUCAGUUAGAAGAUAUCAAUGUUGAGGGAUAUGAUGACCGUGUAUUCAAACACUUUUAUCCAAAGCAUACCUUGGACAAGGCCGAAUGCCAAAAGCUGCAGGACCAGAAUGAAGCGAUACGUGAGCGUUCUCAAGCAGCUUUUGGUUUUGAUCUCAAACCCAACGGCAUCUCUGUGAAAGGAUACACUUUCCCGGGCGUGAAAUGUCAUGCAGCUGACACAGACCUAUGCUCUGUUGCCAUUGGGUCCGUUCAGGAAUACCUUGGAGAUGCCGACCCCUACGGCACAUUAAACAUGAUCAAAGAUUAUGUCGAAACGACUGAUGAAAGGGUCAAUUUCGGAUUUGUUUACUCAAAUGACUGCAUCGCCCCAGAGAAAUCUCGCCACAAGCUAUAUGGCCGCACCAAAGACAUGUCUUGGAGCAAAGUUCGGGAUACCUGGUCUCUCGGCGGGCGUAUCAAUUCACCCGAGUCGGAAAAGGGUCUUGAAUACCUUGAGAGACUGUGGAAGGUGUUGCAGAUUGGCGAUGAUACCCACCCUCUUGGUGUUCAUCUGGUAUACAAUUACGAAACGAAGGCUGGUCUUCCUGUCCCAGCUACCAAAGUAUACUUCCCGGUCUAUGGUCUCAAUGACCAGAGCAAUGUCCGUGCCAUCGCCCAAUACCUCACUGAGAUUGGACUGAAUGUAUAUGGGGAUGCAUAUGAGCAAUCUGUGCGAGACAGUUUCCCCGGGUUCGAAAUAAAGGAAACAGAUCGCCUUCUUUGCUGGGUAUCAUUCGCCUAUACGGAGAAGACGGGGGUAUACCUAAGCGUUUAUUAUCACUCUUCGCUUGAUUACUCUUAG